AUGACAGUCGUCCCCGAGUACCUCGAGGAGACGGACGCCCUCUCGUGGGCCUCGUUCUGGGUUGGAUCAGUGGGCGCAGCGAUGAUGAUGGCCGGCUACUUCUCUCUGCUGCGUGGCUUUCUGACCGAGCGCAGCCCCUACUACCACGCGCUGAACGCAGGCGGUGGCGUGCUCGCUGCGACCGGCGCGCUGCUGGAAGCGCUGAUGGGUUCCCUCGGCGCCUAUCCUCUGGUGGUGCUCGAAGGUGUCUGGGGGCUGCUCGGGCUGAUCGAGCUGGAAAGCCCCUUCCAGGACCGCAGCACGAGGCUUUGUGCGGCGCAGCCGCUGUUGUUUAGUACGCGCACCGAGGUUCCGGGCGACGAGAGCCACCCCGCGCAUUUUGUUGAGUCUUGA